AUGGUCCAAAAACGGUUGAGAAUGAGAAUUCGCGAUAAGCAGCGGACAAUCAAAGAGCUCACCGAGGCAUUGAACGCUCCACAGCCUGCAGUGAAAGCGAUAGAUGAAGAGGAAAAAGUCUCGAAAGCCGAUGAGAAGAUUGCUAAGAGAGCUCUGGAAGGUAUACGUAAGGAGCAGUUGCUAGAGAAGGCAGUCACUUUCAGAGAGAUGAAGUUGGUGUGCAAGUUCUUCAAUGCUCCGGAGGCCAAACCCGAUCAACGGGUUGUCAGGAUAAUCGACAAAGCGCUUGGUUUUGCUAUCGACGACUUACUGCAGCGCCCUCAGCCCACUGGUGGUCUUGUAGACAACGAAAUGCGACUUUUUCUGCUGGAGAAGACUAAGGUGCUUUAUGCCAAAAAAAUGACAUGA